UUCUUACCAUCCCUUGGGUCUUUGGUUUCUUCGGAUUUUUCUUACCGAAUACCUUCCCCGAUCUACUAAACCCGUCAUCAACAAAUAACAACCGCCCCAAGAGUGGUGGUAACCCGCCAUGGCCGCCGCCGAUGUUCGCGACAUGUUGGAUUUGCCCGCGGAGGGCCAGCCCCGACCGCAUAAAAAGCAGAAGGUCGUCGAGAAGAGACCCGAGGGUAUCACCCGUGAACUUUACGCUCUGCUAGGCGAAAGAGCACCCCCAAUCGCCAUCACCGAGAACCGAUACAAAGGGCGUCCGAAAUGGAUGAGCAAGCUGAGAGUUCGCCCGUGGCGUAUGGCUCCCUUCACAAAUGAAGCUCGAUCAGAUGGCCUCGUUCUACGUCAUUGGCAAAGACAAGUCGACCCCACAAAACCGGCAUUGGAGGGUCCCGAGACGGAAAAUGAAGAACAGAAUCAGGAUGAAGGGGCCCCACAAACCCCGGAUAAGGAAUACAUGUUUGCGAAAUACAAUGUCAAGGCCCGUGUGCCGAGGCGAUACACAGAGGAAGAGUACAAUCGACAUCUCAAGAGCGAUGACUGGUCACUCCAGGAGACAGAUUAUUUGAUGGAUCUAGUCGAGGAGUAUGAUUUACGAUGGGUGGUUAUUGCUGACCGCUACGACUAUCAGCCACAUCCCGUUGAUGCAGAAACAAACGCCAGCGCGCUUGUACCGGCUAAACAUGUUCGAACUAUGGAGCACAUGAAGGCGCGAUACUACUUUGUUGCUGCAUCUAUGCUUGCCCUGGAACACCCUCCUUCGGAAAUGUCCGAGGCCGAAUUUGAUUUGUAUGAGAAGAUGAUGAAGUUUGAACCGGAGCGUGAGCGGGCACGGAAAGAACUCGCCGCUCUGCAGCUUAACCGCUCGGCAGAUGAAGUGCGUGAGGAAGGAAUCCUGCUAGAAGAAUUGAAGCGUAUUACCGCCAAUGAGCAGAACUUUAUCGCAGAGCGCAGAGAGCUGUACUCCCGCCUUGAGGUGCCUAUUAGCGUCGGCAACACCACCAUGUACCAGUCCAGCCAGGGUCUAUCCCAGCUGCUUCAAACCCUUCUUCAAGCUGACAAGAGCAAGAAACGACGCUCUUUACUUGGUCCCGAAGGUGCCGCACCCAGCCCAGCGGCUCAGACUCCCGCCCCGAAUGCAAGCGCUCGUGACAGUCGUGGCGAGACCCCAAGCAACGCAUCAGCAGCACCUACAAACAAGAAAGCCGCAGCUGCAGCCGCAGCAAACAAAGACGCCCAACAAAAUAUUAGGACACUCUCACCGUCCGAAGAGGCGAAAUAUGGAGUACAGCACCACGACCGUCUGGCGCCAGGCGUACAGUUCCGUAGCGAUCGUGCUCAGAAAUUGACGCAAGCCAAGUCCAACGUUCAAACUCAGAAACUGGCCGCUGCGCUCGCGGAGCUAGAAGUACCUCUCCGGCUAGUCAUGCCCACAGAGCGGGUAUGUAAGGAGUUCGAGAAGCUGAUCCACUCGGUAAACCUUUUACUUGAUGCUCGCAAAGUUUCUGAGAAAGUGGAGAGCGAGAUUCGGGUACUGGAAGCUUCCAAGCAGGAAAGAGAGCGUAAAACGAGAGAAGCCAAAGAGAAGGAGAAACCUGAGGUGAAGACAGAACAAGACGAUAACCCUGUUCCAGCAGAUGUAACUACUGAAUCUACCGGUGCUGCCGCUGCUACUCAACCUUCAGAAAGCCAAGCGGAGACGACAGAUGGUACGGGAGACAAAGGGACUGAUGGUGAUACUGGCGAAGCGACAGCCCGAGAAGGCACCUCACAAAAGCGUUCAGCCAGCGUUCUAAGCAAUGCAAGUGAUAAAAGUACGAAGCGGCAGAAGAAGUGAGCUCUUUGUGUGACCUGAUUGGCGUUUUUUGUGUAUCAAUAUACCUAUGUACGACUACCAUGAACAUGCUCCGUUGAUCUUUUGGGUGACUAAAUGCAUUUGAAGGAUUCUUCUAC